AUGGCGGAGGAAGGCAGAAGCGGAGACGGAGCAACAGACGAUAGCCACCGCAAAAGGGACGGUGUAGACUUAAUCAGUUUACUACCUGAUGAGAUCCUCCAAACUAUUCUCUCCUCUCUUGAGACCUUUAUAGCCGUCAGAACUUCUAUCUUGUCCAAAAGAUGGAGGCAUGUAUGGUCCGGUACACCUAGCCUCUACUUAAACUUGUAUACGCAUGGGCCGGAAGGUGAUUCAAUAAACAAUUUCAUAGAACGCUACACGGUUCGCAAGAUGAUGAGUUUCGAGCUGUGGGCCCACCUGAGAGACAAGAGGCCCUACGUAGACAGAUGGAUCGAGUUCGCUAUGUCCCGAAACGUGGAGAAUAUGACUCUGUUUGUUUUUAAUGAUGGUGACCAGAAGUAUCAGAUUCCUGAUUUCUUCUACAUCAAUAACUCUAUAAGGAAAAUCAGUGUUAACGGUUUGUAUAGUGGUUUGACAAUCCCCAGUUACGUGUCUUGGACAUCUCUAAAGAUGCUAGCCCUACGUAAUUUCAGUCUCUAUGACGAAUGCAUUGAUAAGAUUAUAUCUGGAUGUCCGGUUCUCGAAAGCUUAUCCCUGUCUUUUUGCCUUGAACUGAUGGUUCUUGAUCUCAGCAAAUCGUUGAGUCUGCGAACAUUAGAAAUCUACCGCCAGACUUGGUUUCAGGGUCCGAAGCAGAUUGUUGCACCGCAUAUUCGUUGUCUCAGAUUGAAAGACUCUCAGCUACCAUGUACUUUAGUUGAUGUCUCGUCUUUAAAUGAAGCUAGACUAGACAUUUGCUUUUAUGGACCUGAAAAUCCGAAAGAUGAUUUUCUUCAAGUUAUGGGGCUAGAGAAGUUGCAGAAUGUUGAAAAGCUUACUUUCCGGGAAAACUUUCUUAAGAUUUUAUCUCUUGCCGAACUCCGUUGUGUUCCGUUUCCAAGCUUCAAGGUCAAAAAUUUGACACUUGUGACAAUGAUCUCUCAAUAUGUAAUCCCUGGUAUAGUCAGGGUGCUACAAAACUCACCUGAACUGAAGAAGCUAACAAUAAUACACACAAGUGAAUUAUACAUCCCUUACAGCCCUUUAUCGGAGAAGCAUAUUGACACCUACUUGGAUUUGCAAAGCUUGAGUGUGGAAGCGAGGGUCUUUGAGAACAUUAGAGAUUGGGAUAUAGAGUCGAAGCACGUGGCUUCAUUCAUGGAACUUAUGUUUAAAAACACAAAGACAUUAGAGAAGAUGGUCGUUUGGUUGAAAAGUUAUGAUCACGGUCGAAUUUCUGCAGAGUUGUUUGAGAUGAUUCCAGUGCUCUCUGAAAAAAAUAAUGUCACCAUAGUUCUCAACUCAUCCGCGUCGAAACCGAGGGAUUAG